AUUUUUAUUUUUGGAGUAGCCACGGCCACUGUAGCUUGCUCCCCAAGGCUCAAAUUCACUUCAGGACGGGACGGCCCUGUGGCACCCUGAGCUGGGAUUAACAAGCAGAGAGCAGUUGGUCCUGACAGCCACUCACUGAAGGUAAACCAGUCAAACUCAGUGUCUGUUUGAUUGACAAGCUGGUGGUUCUUUAACAUAUUCCUGGGAUUUGAUAGCAACAAGUGCACGAUGUGAAAUCUUAAACGCAUGAUGCAUAUCAGACAUAAUAUCUGUGAGAAGGAAAGCUUGCAAUGCAAAGUUUAAAAUGAACUUUUCAGCACAGUUUUGUGCUAUGACAGCAAAAAUCAAAGCACGAACCAGUUUUCAAUCAAAACUGUGCAACAACACAUUUAUUCUUGUCUAAAUUAAUUCUUCAAUUAUUUUCUUACACAAAAAUGUUGUUUGCUUUGCAGUUUGACCAAUAAAACACAAACAACAUCUACCUAACACUUAACACUUCAGUGUGAAAUGCUGAUGGAAAUCAACUACAGCAACGGGCUGGAGUCUGACCUUUCCCAGCCAUAUCCUCCGCCCUUAUUGCCAAAGCCGGGAAAAGACAACGCAAGACUUCAGAAACUCAAGAAGAAGAGAGCCAAGAAAAAAGGCAGCCUCACACAGACGCCCAUCCCAUUUCGCUCCUGUUUGUCGCCUGUCAACGAAGCAAGCACAGACCUCGAACACAGCGACCAGUCUAGCCCACCAAAGACACCAGAUUCAGUCUACAUUGCUGAUUCAUCUGUUUUUGGUUUUCCCUUUGGUUCCCUUUAUAGUCACUCUCCAUCUGCAUUCCCUCAUUCUCAGAGUAUCUCGUAUGGCCAAACUGGUGGCUUCCCUCCUCAGCCCCUUGCAGCUCAGAUCAGGACAGUAGACGAGCAGGUAGCUCCGCUGUAUGAGUGCUCCUCUUUCUUAUUUGAUGAUGCUACUCCUUUUACAAUGCCACCUUUGAGUUCACCAGCCCUCUUGCCACCCGAUAAGCCUAAAACGUCACUUCUUUCUUCUAUUGUCAAUGUAAACAUGACACAAAAUUCCCAUGGGUCAGCCACAACAGUCCCUCCAGUCACUAUGUUGCAGUCCAGCCCUAAAAUAUCAACUCAUGGCUUGACCCUCUCCCCAGCUGCCACCCACUAUGGCCCAGACCUGGCACCUCCUCAAGCUGCAGAACAACCUUCUGUUCCAGUGCUGAGAUCAAUUUACAACAGUCACACACAACCUUUUAUUUCGAGCCAGAGGGAGAACGAUACCGGUUCAGAGGAUAACCCUCAGAGCCAGAUAUCGUCUUGGACCGCCAGACCUACCAGUAAUAGCCACUUUGUUCCAAGCCACAUGUCUCCUGAAGUAACCGCCUCAAAAAUAUCACUUGUUGAAGCAGUGAAAGAGCCAAAGCCUGAAGUCACACAAACUAGAAUUUAUACAUCAAAGGCAACAUUUUAUGAAAUUUCUAAACCUUCCUCCAUCCAAGACCUCACUGCAAUAAAUUCAGCUUACCAUGGUGCACAAUUAUCUGCCACAUUCAAGGAGAAAACAGCUGUGUCAGUGGUGAAAACAGAGCAGAACACAUCAUUUUCUAGGACACAGCACGGAAGACCCAAGACUCCCUCUUGCAUGCCAAAUCGAGUAUCCACACCCAUUUUUGAAAUAUCAAAACCUAACCCGCUUUUAUUUGCCGCAAGUCCUGCAUUCAGCUCUUCUGAAGAUAUGCAAGUACCUGUUCUCCCCAAGGAGGCUCCAAGACACAAUUCAGUGAUUCACACUAGUGCUAUAAGUAAACCCCCAGCUGCCACAGAAGAACAAAGGCAGACUCAUAAUAAUAACAUGUCUGCUUUCAAGCAAGCCAGCAAUUACAAAGAGGUAGACAUUCAUACCCAGAGGAGUUCUAUAAAUUUAAGUGUUGGCAGUUCAGAGCUGUGCCAUAGAGAGAAAAUGACUGUACCUAACAUCCCCAUGGUCAAACCAACACCAACAGGACUUGUCACUCCAAAACAAAAUGCAGGACACUUUUCUGGAAAUGAAGUUUUGUCUUUGCCAAAGAUUCCAUCAUUUCUUUACGUGCCAAAGACUCCUAACCCUACACCAGUGACAUCAGUCCAAAUACCACCAUGUUCCAGCCCAGUGUCCACCACCUAUCGCCCUCCUGUCAUCGAGGCACGCAAGUCUUUGACAUCACUGCUGGAGAGUCAAAUGUCAUUAGCAAAUUCAAAGCCCAAAUCACGAUCUACAUAUUAUGGGCUGACUCCAGCUGAAUAUGCUGCCUAUGGUGGAAUUAGGACUAUCACAUCACAUCACAGCCACGUAUCCCCGAGGAAUAAUGAAAGCUUUGCCGAUAAACUACACUCAGAUGUAUGCAUAGAUGGCUCAGAUUUCUCAAAGCCAGAAAAACAGCUCAAUGGACAUGAGGUUCUGCCCUCUUCAGUUCACAGUUUACAACCUGUGUCAUCAUCAAACUAUUCUGAACAUCCAGCUGAACAGGUUAUAUCUUGUAGGAAAGAUGUCUUUGAGGAAAAUUGGUCUGAAGCUCACAGUAAUGGAAUGCAAUCACUUAAAACAUCUAACGUGGACACAGUAAAACCUGAGAUUCCCCUUGGCUUGGCACAGAAAACAAUACAACAAUCCCCAAGUGAUGUAUCCACACCAAAAGCCUCAUACUCUGAGGCUCCAAUACCAAUACCUAAAGCAGGUGAGGUACUCACACAAAGUGUGGCACAGUUUUCUGUAGAGGCAGCACUAAAAUGCCUCACUGAUAACAAUGGUUUGUCAAGUUCUUCCUCAGCCUUAACUAAAAUACAUCUAAAUGCAGAAACACACCCUGAAGCAAAAGUGGUACAUUUUAUAGAAAAUGGUUACAAGCCCAAUAAAACACCUCCAGUUUCACAGACUAAUAAAAGAGACCAGUCAGGAAAAACAGAGCUAGGUCCAGUCCAAACUUACGAAACUGCUGGUGGAGUCAGUUUGCCAAAUGUCCAAAUCAAUGCCAAGCCCGAGAAAAACCUGUCCAACUGUGAAAACCCAUUAGUUCAAUCUCCUCCCACACAGACAGAGUCCAAAUUCUCAGAAAGCGACAUAAUUAAUGAUGAGUUCAACUCAGGAAUGCAGCAGUCAAACAAAAUGUUGAUUAAAAUACCUGCCGAAGCCACACUACACAAACAAAGAGAAGAUGUCAAAAAGCAAACUAAAGUGUCCACUAAGACAAACAUUGGGAACAUUAUGCCUUUAAUGGCCGAAUGCAUCCCUGAUAUAUCAAUCAGUGAGCCCACUUUUUUAAAUAUGCACCCUAAGAAGACAGUUAUCACAGCCCCAAGAUCUGUGGUAUCAUAUGGGCCUGUCACAGCAUCUGUAUGUUCUGCUGAGUAUAGUAUCUACACACAACCUGUAGCUGACCAAAGACCCAAAUUUAUACAACCACCCAAAGCAGAAAUGCAGGUUUAUACACAUAAUCAACCAGUUGAAAAUAAGAGCUGUCUGCCCAUGUUAUCAAAUAUGUUUGUAAAUACAGAACCAAACCCUCCUGCCCUACAUACCGCCAUAAUUCAGUCACCCAAGAUUUCAAACAAAACCCCUUUAAAAUCAGACUCAUUCAAUGUGCCAGCAAAAGAGCCUCAAAAGCUAACAAAUAUUAGCAAAAAUAUAAACACACAGACUAUAGAAUCCAGUAAUCAAAGUAAUGUCGUUCAAGGGAUACGUUUUUACACAAACUCUAGCAGAGUAAUUGCUCAAAAAGCAACUGAAAUCAUUCUUAAUACUAAAGAUGGAGUAAUAUCAAGCCAAGCAAAUACAGAACCCAAAUUGACAAAUUAUAUUAAUACUGAUGCUAACAGAGACAAAAACUCAGCAGUUGACAAAGUACAUCCACAGGCCAUCACUGAGAGAGAAGGUUUAUUAACUGAUAAUAUGGCAAUAGAAUGUCUUUCCACUACAAUUUCCAAAACAGAAAACAUGCAAGAAAAUUGUGAGUUUGAAACAAAACAAGCUGCUCCUAGUCUUUCAAAAAGGACCACAGCGGUUAGCAUACCCUUAAAUGAAAACAAACUAGCCAGCAAACCAAAUGCAAACUCUUUCACAGAUGCAGUUCCACCAAGAUUAUUAAGAAAUCUGGAGGCAAUUCAAUGGGAAAAGACACAGUCAAACAAUUUCCAGAACAGCAAUACUCAGUUUAUUCCUCCUGCUGAAACCAAAGUCCCCAACAGGCUUAACAUGGAAACUGCCCCGCCAAUAACGGCAGAUGCAGCAGUGAGUGGUAAUCCAAUAUUUAAUGCUUCACAGGCUGGUAAGCAAACAUUGCCUCCUAGCCCUACAAUGAGGCAUAUGAUACCAAAAGGCCCUCAGAUGAAAAAUGACAGAUCUGAGAGUCUAUCUUCAAUAAAGCCAGCCAUGAAUACUUCUCUUUGUGGCUCUGUUGAUGGUAACCAGUUUGGCAAAUCAUCUGACACACCUGAACAACAAAUUGCUACUAGAAACCAUGUGAAUAAACAAGUCUCUUCCAGCGAGCCAGUUAUAAGCAAUAAAUCUUCAGCAACUCCACCUAGAAAACUGAAAAACUCUGAAAUAUCUACGGAUACAACAACUUCCCUUUGUACUGUUCAUACUGCACCAUAUUGCGCAUCUAUGGAGCAGCAAACUACACAACUGGCAAGAUCUAGUCAAAUUAUUGGAAAUAAUGCUCAGACUGUGAAUUCAGUGGGCUCUCAGACUCUACUGAAACAACUUAGUUCUGCCACUGAAACAAACAAAUCAAUAGAAACUAACAUGUGUGUUGUAAAUUAUCCUACAAUCUCUUAUGGUGCUUCAAAUAAACAGCCUGCUACAAAUUUUCAAUGGUUCAAUGAAGCCACCAGUAAUUUAAAAGUCCCGCAUAGCCCCAAUACAGCAACUAAACCUUCCCCUCUACCAGAGAGAAGAGUGUGUAAUACACCUAAACAAUCAUGUACUCCUACCAUACCCCUGUCCCCUCAAAGCUCUGUGACGUUAAACCAUGUGACAGAAAUAAACCCCUCUACUACCAUAAUGAACGAUCAGAUAAACCCUCCAAUUACAGCUUUUCAAAAUAAUACACCUACUAGAACCACUGAGCCAUUUGCUAUCUUAGAGAAUACCUCAAAAACAGAAAUAAAACCCCUUAGAACUAAUGAUACUUCAACCACUGAGGUAAAAAUAAACUCCCCAAUGCAACACAAUAAAAUUUCAGCUCAAGAUGUAAAACUCCCCCAACUAAGCACUGACGCUAGUAUUCUCACCCAUCACAGCUAUUCUUCGCUGCUUAGUGGACCUAGAGCAGAAGCAAAACCUCCCAUUAAGCAGGUCGGUCUUGGGUCUCCAAGACAGUCCUCAGGUGUACAAAUAGAAUCCUCAAAGUGUCCCCAGUAUGUGGCUCAGGUUAGCUCACCAACUAUUAGUGUUCAUUCUAUGACAGAGCAACUUGUAGAGAGCAUUUCCCCCACAAAUCCAGCAACAGAUACUGUCAUGAAACCACCCAUGAUUAAAGCCGAUGUGAUUGAUUCUGCCACUCCUGCCUCUCUGCCUCAGGCCUCAAUCUCAGUAAAAGCUCCAUCCCCAAACAGAGGAACGUCACCGCUAUCUCAGCAAAAAACUGGACUCAAAGGCAAGGAUGUUCUCAAGUCCAAACCAGCUGCACCAACAGGAACCCCGAUAGUCGAAGCCUCCACGAAGUCAGUGACAUCAACUGCAUCUUCAAUUGCUGACAAGAAGCCUGUUGCAGCAGAAAAAUCUCCUUCAUCCAGUGAGCAGAAAGCAGCCCAGAAGCCAAAAGGCCUUAAGAGUAAGCUUAGUGGUUGGACACGACUGAAGAAGCACAUGGUCGUUGAGCCAGAGGAACCCCAGUUUCCAGAGCCAGAGGCUAAACCUCAGGUUAAUUCCAGUGGCAGCAAUAAGAAAAUAGAACAAAUUGAUAACAAGUUGACAGCAGACCAACAUGAUCAGGAGGUAGCUACGAACAAAGAAGGUCCUAAAGCACUGAAGAUGUGGGAUGCACUCCUCUUUCAGAUGUUCUCCACUAAAGAGCGAAUUAUGCACCAGAUCAACGCCAACAAGACUGAUUCAGACAAGAAAAAGUCUGCUAAAGAUAAUCAGGCAGAGGUUCCUUCAUUUGUCAAUCGUCUCCCAAUUUUACUGUACAGCCCUCGAUUUGACGCCAGGAAGCUGAAAGAAGCAGUGGAGAAGCCACUCACAAAAAUAGCAGCAGUGUUUGAAAGGGGGCUGAUAAAACGGAAAUCUCAGGAGGAAGAACGGAAGGACUUCAACAGAACAGCCAAAGGAUUUGGUUCAACAAAAGCUGCAGAUAUGUAAUGAUGGAAAUGAUAAUGAUUUGAAAAUUAUAUAUCAAAUCGCUAAUUCAUAACUCAAUAGACAGAACACUGAAAGUGAUUUGAAAAAAACAAACAAAAACAAAACAUUGGCUGACUAUUCUUGGAAAGGUGAUGAAGGAUGCAAAAUGACAGCAACGCUGCAACAAGUGUUUGACCCAAGGCUGGAACUUUGUCAUUGCCGUGGUGUAGUUUAAAGUAUAAAGGUAAAGAAAGUAAUGAAAAAGUAAAGAAAAAAAGAAAAGAAAUCCCUGCUACACAAUAGAUGUUUUCAAGUACUCUUAGUGGUGAAGAAGUGCAGGUUUACUUGACCAAAAAAGUAAACUUGACAAAAUAAAACAUAACGCAAAAAGGAGGAAAAAUAUUAAAGAAACACAUUAUAAAGUCUAAAUCUACUUGCUUAAAUUUUUCUUUUUUCAUUUGAUCGUGGGCUAGUUGGGAGUUUUAAAUGCUUUUAUUGUAGACUGUAGAUUUGUUUGUUUUAUUUGUAAUGCUUGACCUUUUUCUAUUUUUCUAAACAAUUUAAAGCUUCUAGUAUUCAUUGCUGGCAGGCAGUUUAUCUGUGUAAUAAAAAGGGCUUUGACAUUCCUGCAACAACAGGGCAGAUGGAUUUUGAAAGAAGGCACACUUCCUGAGACAAAUGAAGAUUCAACGUGUGGUCAGAAUAAAAGUAGGUUUCUGUAAGUCAGAUAUUGAUGAGAAAAAAGUGUUGGUUUUCAAGCAAGGCAGGAAACAACAAUCAGUGUAUAGGUUGGCAUACUGCAGAGGUGGGCAUUAAUGAAAAAAUAUUGUGUUAACUACAGGAGCAAUGUUUAUGGUUUUAGCCAUGCUAGCAACUUUAGGACGUGGAUAGACCAUUCUUCCAAUGGUACGGUGGUCUGUUGGGUGUUCUUGACCUAAUAUCUUCACCUUCUACGUAAAGAAGCAAUAUAUUUUGUACUGAUAUCAAUGCCCCUGUUAGAACACAACCAAAUUAUUGUUGUUUUUAUCUGCCACAAAUAGUCAUGGUCAAGUCUGGGACUUCAUUAGGUCCAAACUUUAUUUUGUCCAGUUCUCAGAUACCAAAGUACCAUACAUAAUGGCUUAUUAAUUAACAAUAGCAUGCUAGCAUGCGAACACACUAGACUAAAACGAUUAUGGCUGUUAAGUGUUAUGCCUGGUAAACUUGUGCUAGCUUUGUCACAAUGUUAUCAAAGCGUAAACACUGUUGUGCCUCAGUGCAGUCUGAGAGAGCUGCUAGCAUGGCUCAAAACUUUUUUCUUUUUAAUAUCUUAAUCAUAUAUUGCUCAGGCUGGGGGCAUCCCAGAAUCAAAUCCCUUUUCCAUCACUCUUAAUUCAUAAUGGUAAAGAUUAGCUCCUCCGUCAGCAAAGUCAGUUACACCAACAGUUGCCUCAAUGUGCUUUCUAUUGUAAGGUAAAAAAAAAAACCCUACAAUAAUACAACAAUACAAAAUGAUACCUAUGAAAGUAGAUAUUUUCCUGUAUGAGCAUGUUGGAGAAUGAUAGUUUCCACCAAACAAUGAUGAUAUGAUAAACUAUCUUCAUCUAGUGUGAUAGUUAAAACAACAUGAACUGUUUUAUUGGUGAGGAUUAGUUUUCUGCAUUGUUACAAAUUGUUAAGGGCUUCUGACUAAAUUGCAAGAAGGAUGUAUAUAUAUAACCACUGGUAAAUGAUGAUGACAGUAAAUAUGGCUGAUGUAGGAAGACAAACUGAAGGAAAAUGAGUGAAGAGUAGAUUUGUGAUAUUUCACGUGUCUGUCUAUAAGAUUGUGCUGGACGGGAUGCUGUUUUGUUUAAAUCUUUCUCUUACAUUACUGGGAUUCAACAUCUGUUUAGUUUGGGUUAUUUUCUGAGAUCACCAUUGUGAUGUGGAAUUUCUUCAUUGAAGGGACUUAAAUCACGUAAUCUAAAAACAGACCCAUUUAUUAUGCUGAUGCUUAAUAUAUCUUUGUGUGAUUUUUAAAAAUAUAUAAAGUUUUGUGAAACUGUUGGAUUUUUCUUUUUUUUUUUUCCUUCUCUGAGGAAAUACUGUGAAAGUUCCAAGUGGCGGCACAUCAGAGAGGAUAGCUCAUUAGAAUGUUCCACUGUUAUACUUAUUAUUUUCAGCCCCUCCAAAGUCUUAACAUUUGACUUCCCCGUUUGGUCAAAAACAGGAAAAGAUCUUUUUUUUUUUCUGAUGGCAGUUUCCUGAUGAUGACAGUUUUGAUGAAAAAAAAUGCAAACAGGUAAAAAUAGAGAAAAUGUGACAGACUAAUAUAACACAUUAGUUCACAUUUGAUGGUCAAGUGAUUAAUUCUGGAAAUGGGCUAAAAAAAAGUUUCAGUGUGCAUUUGAGCAAAAGCACCAAAUCUUUUAUGUGUUACUCAGACAAUUGGGUUUAAGUAAUUUAAUUUCCAAAUUUGAGUGUAAAUAUUGUUCAAGACUGAACCAAUUUUAAUUCUAACUUACAUUUAAGAUUCAUACAGUAAAACCUUUAGCCAGUAUUUCACAUUUUAAAGUAAAAGUAAGGCUUUGGUAUGUGGAAAAGCCAUGGUUAAACUAACUGUAAAAGUACUUCCUCCCAUUGCUCAAAAAUUAAGCUAGAUUAUUUUCCAUCAAUAUUCCACACAUAGAUUGUCUCAUUUGAGCCCCGCCCACAAUGUUAUGACUUAGGGCUGGGCGAUAUGACCCAAAAUUCAUAUCUCGAUAUUUUUUAGCUGGA